AUGCAGGUCUCGAUGCUUGCAGCAGCCUAUAACCGGGCUACGGCCCCGGCUUUGUUCUGUCUCUUCCAGUAUCAGGCCUUGGCCAAGUUCUUGCAGAACCAGUGCAUGACGACCCCUCCACUAAUCAUCAAUAUCAUCACGUCGCUGUUGCAUGUGGGCUGGUGCACCUUCUUCGUGGCAAAGCUAGGCCUCGGCAACACAGGGGCUGGCUACGCAAAUGCUAUGACCUGGACAACACAAUGGUUUCUGAUCAGCCUCUACGUUAUGCGCAUCGCCCCCAAGUUAGGCAUGAGCCGGCGGGAUGUCUUUCUUCCCGGCAAGGGAACCUUUCAAGAAUGGGGCAAGUAUCUCAAGAUUGCGCUGCCUUGCGUCUUGCAGAUGAGCAGUGAAUGGUGGUUCUGGGAGAUCAAUGCCCUCUUGGUGGGCUUCCUGGGCACCGUGCCCCUAGCUGCACACGUGGCUGCGAACCAGUUCAUCGGGCUCAGCUUCAUGCCCGCUAUGGGCAUUUCUUCGGCAGCGGCGGCGUUGAUUGGCAACAUGCUGGGAGCAAACAGGCCGACGGACGCUCGACGCUACGUCAAGGUCUGCAUUUUCUGCAACUUCCUCGUUUGGCUUACGAUCGGCAUAGGGGUGUUGUUCGGGCGCCACGCUGUCGCAUCGAUGUACGUGCGGCCGGGAGAGGUGUCUGUGCUGGUGCAGAGCCUGCUGGUAAUCUUCGCCUUUGCUGGCUUCCCUGACACCACGCAGCACAUCAUGUCCGGAGCGCUUCGCGGCAUGGGGAAGAUGGCAGCGGGAAGCGUGGUUUACCUGUUGAGCUACUAUGGCCUGAUGCUUCCCACUGGAUAUGCCCUCGCGUUCAAAUUUGGUUAUGGUGUCCGUGGUGUCUGGUAUGCGUUCGGCAUUGGCACUUCCGUUGCCGUAUUUGUGUUCAGCCUCAUCCUGGCGAGAACCCGCUAUGACGCCCUGGCCAAGAAGAUCUCGAAGGGACUUCACGAUUAG